AUGGGUGAUCGGCCGCACACUUGCACCGAGUGCAAGAAGACUUUCCGACUGAAGAUCAACCUGCACCUUCAUGAGCGUACUCACAUGGUUGCCAAAAAACCCGUCUGCUACAUCUGCGGCCAGUGCAGCCGGACGUUCAACCGCCACUCAAAUUUCUUACGGCACCAGAUGAUCCACACCAGGGAGCAGCCGUACACCUGCGGGGAGUGUGGGAAGACGUUCAUCCGUAAGGAGCAUCUCGCCACCCACGGUCGGCUCUACACGGGCAAGUGGCCCUACCAGUGCCCGCUCUGCCUGAAGAGCUUCACCCGCAAGCAGCAUUUGGUGGGACACCAGUGCCUGCAUGAGGGGGAGGCAAUCUGGCUGGAGGAACACCCCACUCGGAUGAACAGGCAUGGCCAACGGGGUCAAAUCGGGGUUUGA